GUAUGUGUGUGUGAGUGUGUAGUGAGACACAGCACAAAGUUGAACACUCAAGAUGAAGGGAGUGCUUGGUAAUGCCUGUCUGUUGGCCGUUGUCUGCCUCGCCGCAGCUGCUCCCUCCGACCCAAGAUUCCCUAAGACAUUCAAGGAGUGGACCCCGGAGUCUCUAAUCAACCCUGAUGAGCUUGGGGAGUACUUGGAGGGGGACAUCCUGCUCCCUCUUACCAGAAAUGGGAUUAUUGGGGAGGUGUUUCGCUGGCCAGGGGGAGAAGUGGCGUAUAUCUUCGACGAUUACACUGAGGAAAAUAAGAAGAAAGUGCGGAAGGGCAUGGACAGGAUCGAGUACCUUACAGAACACUGCAUCACCUUUCACGAACGCAUGGACGAAUACUACAUCAAAAUAACUAAUAACAAUAGUGAUAGCUGCUCAAGUGCGGUAGGAAUGCAAUAUCCGGGGCAACCACUGAACUAUAAUGACGCGUGUCUGAAUGAGACCGGCGUUGUGAUGCAUGAGCUGCUUCACGCCCUCGGCUUCUACCACGAGCAGUCCCGCUACGACCGUGACGACUAUGUGACCAUUAUGUGGGAGAAUAUUGAUAAAGAUAUGGCCAAUAAUUUCAAGAAGUACUCGAGAAAGAAUAUCACAACGUUUGGUGAGCCUUAUGACUACGGCUCCUUGAUGCACUAUUGUUCCUACGCCUUCACUAAAAACGGACAGAUGACCAUCGUGCCUAAGUGGAUGCUUAUAAAGAUUCGAUGCAUUGCUUCUGGCGGUGCUAACUGUUUCAUAUCGCGGAUCCCCACGCCACGAUAGGACAACACAAAGAUCUCAGUCAAACGGACCUCAAGAAGCUAUUGAAGAUGUACACCUGUAUUCCCUAUACCGUGCAAUAAAGAUGAUGCAGUGAUAA